GAGUCCCAGAGAGUGCCCUGCGCUGGUGGGCUCCAGGACCGAGCCCCCAGGCUAGGGGCACCCGGGCCGACCCCUCAGGUUGGAUGCUCAUGGACCAGGCCUGGGACAGCGUCCCCGGGCCUCGGCCCAGCUCAGCCCGUGUCCGAGUGCGGGAGCUGGGCUGGCAGGGCUGGCACAACCCCUGCCCACAGAGCAAGGAUGCGGGCAGCCCUCUGGGUGGCCUGGGAGAGCUGCUGAUGGAGGACAGCCUGUCGCCUGCCCGGCUGAAGGCAGUAGCCCAGGUGGAUGACCUGCGCCAGGUGAGCCGGCUGGAGCUGUGUGCCGACACCCGCCAGAGCAGCCUGGGCAACUUUGGGGUGCACCUGCCCAACCUCAGGCAGCUGAAGCUGAACGGCAGCCGGCUGGGCUCGGUGAGAGACCUGGGCACCUCCCUGGGCCACCUGCAGGUGCUCUGGCUCGCCCGCUGCGGCCUGAGUGACCUGGACGGCAUCGGCUCCUUUCCCGCACUGAAGGAGCUCUACGUGUCCUACAACGACAUCUCAGACCUCAGCCCGCUGUGCCUGCUGGAGACGCUGGAAGUGCUGGACCUGGAGGGCAACAGUGUGGAGGAGCUGGGCCAGGUGCGCUACCUGCACCUGUGCCCGCGGCUGGCCAUGCUCACGCUGGAGGGCAACCCCGUGUGCCUGCGGCCCUGCCCUCCAGCCACAGCCGCUGCCCAGCCGCUGCAGGAGUACAACUACCGCGCAGAGGUGAGGCGGCUCCUGCCCCAGCUGCAGGUGCUGGACGACUUGCCGGCCACGCAGACGGAGCCCGCCAGGCCGAGGCUGGGCGAGGACUGGCUCAUGGUGAAGGAGGCCAUCAAGGCCAGCAGCGCACAGGAUCCCUGGCUCCCCAGGCUGGAUCACGCCUCUGGACCCCCCAUCUGGAGACUUGGCCCUGAGCAGUCCUGGCCUGAGAGCCUCCGGCUCCGGCCUCUGUCCCUCCUGGUGCCCAGGGGCCCCCUGACCGACGGCUCACUCCCCGAGGACGCCAGCACCGAGGAGGACGCCAGCAACCUCACCCACGGUGCCGGCCCUGUCCUCUGCGGGAACCCCACCAAAGGCCUGUGGCGGCGUAGGCGGCAGCACCAGGCCUGGGUGCCCCUGAAGCAGUGCCCACAGAGGCCAGGAGGCCCCGCCAUCAGUGCUGGCGCCCCCGGCUCUGAGUGUGCAGAGAGCCACGAGCUUCUGGCCGUGGCCAGGCUCCGGGCCCGGCGGGAGCUGUGCCUGCGCCCUCUGCCCCAGAAGCUGCCGGACUCCCAGACAGAAGUGGACGCCAUCCUCGAGAGCCCAGGGGUUGGCCCCAAAGAGCAGGAGACAGCUUGCCCUCCGCCACCAAGCGUGGCCCCUGGUUCUGGGAGUGACCAACCUGCCACUCAAGGGGAGGACCCCCACCACAGACGAGGUCUCCUCCUGACCCCCGCCCCACCCAGGGCGCCUCUGCCACCAGGCUUGGGCUCCUGGGGCCCCAAGGAGCUACAGUUCCGGGGCCGCCGACUCCGCGCCCUGGGCAGCCUGGGGCCUGUCCUGGGCCAGGAGCUGGCUGCGGUCAACGCACUGCAGGCCCUGAGGGUGGGCCCGGGCCUGAAGCCUGCGCCAGACCCCGCCGCCCAACCCCAGGUCUCUGGCGAGUGCCACACCUGAGCCUGGACCCAGCCCUAAUGGAAGCCCGCCCACUGCCCCCUGGCCCGAUUGUGGCCACGCCCCCGCGUACCUCCAGCACAUCUGGUGGGGGAGGCGCCCAGGCCGGGUAAGUCCCGCCUCAACCACUGCCCACGGUGGCCAGCCUGGGAGAUCGGGCUGGGGCUGGCCUGGGCUCUGGCCACUCCCCGGAGGCCUUGCAGCCACCCUGCACGGACUCUCCAGGGUCCCGAGAGGACCGUGGACAGGCUGGCCGGGUGCAGCCAGACCUGGUGCACCCAUCCCCAACGGACUCACGGGGUCCGCGUGGGGAUGAGGUGGCCGGGCCUUCUCUUGGGGGGAGACACCCCAGAAACCAAGCGAUCAUUUCCAGCCCUCACGUGUACGGAAACGCUGCUUGCUUUGCAGGCAACCUCGGU